AUGAUUGCAAAAAUCUCCGACCCCUACAGCUUCCUAGACGACUACAGCGAGGGCGCUCACCCGAGCCUGCUGGAAGCCCUCCUGCGCACCAAUGCCACCCAACAGACCGGCUACGGCAGCGACGAGUACACGCGUGAAGCCAAAGAGCUGCUCUACUCCCAAUUAGAAACGUCAGAGGAUGAGGUGGCCAUCCACUUCGUCCCGAGCGGGACGGCCGCGAAUCUGAUCUCAAUUGCCAGCUGUUUACGGCCGUACGAGGCUGUGCUGGCCGUGCAGACCGGGCACAUUAUUGAUAAAGAGGCCGGGGCGAUUGAAGCUACAGGACACAAGAUUAUCCCCGUCCCUGGGGUAAGGGGCAAGAUGACGCCGGAGAAUCUCGAGACGGUGCUGGGGCAGAAUACGUUCUUCCCUCAUAUGGCGAAGCCGAGGCUGGUUUAUAUCUCGAAUGCUACGGAGGUUGGGACGAUAUAUUCAAAGCAAGAGCUGGCUAGGUUGUCUGAUACAUGUCGACGGCGAGAUCUGCUGUUGCUGGUGGAUGGGGCGAGGCUGGGGGUUGCACUUACGGCGGAGACGAACGAUGUGACACUGCGUGACAUGGUGGACUACACGGACAUCUUCUGGAUAGGAGGGACCAAGAUGGGAGCUCUACUGGGCGAGGCGAUUGUUGUACGACGGACGCUGUCGGAAGGGUUUGAGUUCCACAUGAAGCAGCGAGGGGCAUUGCUGGGCAAGUCGCGGAUCAUGGGCGUCCAAUUCCGCGAGUUAUUCCAGGACGGACUGUAUUUCGAGCUGGCUCGACAUGCAAAUGGGAUGGCAAGGCGAAUAGCAGCCCAGUUUGUGCGCAAGGGGUGGCAGCUGGCGGCGGAGACGGAGACAAACCAGGUGUUUGUCGUAGCACCGAAUGAGAUGCUGCCUUGCUUGGAGGAGAGAAUCCGGUUCUACGCAUGGGAAAGGAGAGCAGACAACACAGUAAUCCGCAUUGUGACUUCGUGGGCGACGCAGGAGGAGCAGCCCUCUUUACCGAAUAAUCCUAUCACUCUUAUCAUUCCCGACAUUCCCAUCUAUUCCCGAAUCCUCCGUAACUGUAAUAUGCGCCUGUCAAUCUCCUGCGACCACUGCAGGCAGUCCAAGGUCAAGUGUGUCCACGAUGGCCAUCCUCCCUGUCGUCGCUGCCUGCGUCUCAACCGCAGUCCCUGCCUGCUCACCGACUCUCGCUCCCCUCGCUCGCCCUCAACUCCGCGCAGAGCUCGUCCCAGACCUGCCAGGACCCCACGCGUCGAUCCAGAUGAUCCCCCGCGAGAGGGAACAACAAGCAGCUCUGUGACGAGCCCGGCCAGCCUCCCCUCGUCGACCCUCAUCGCCGCCUGCGACCUCUACCGCAAGAAAUUCCCCGUCGUCAACUUCCUGCACUAUCCCUCGUUAAUCGCCGACCUGUCGCGCGAUGUCCACUCCGUCGAACCCGUCUUUCUGGCAGCCCUGCUCUCCCUCUGCGCGCGCUUCAUGACAGCAACAGACCCCGACCUCGCCCCGUCCGAAUCCUACGCCGAAUAUGCCCGCACCCAGCUCGCCCAUCGCGCAUUCGAGUCCCCCUCCCUCCCCCUCGCCCAGUCCCUCGUCAUGAUCUCCCUGUACGAAUGGGGGUCCGGCCGCCCCUACCGCGCCUGGAUGUACAGCGGCAUGGCAACGUACAUGAUCCAGUCGCUGCUGAAGAGCGCCGACGACCACAUGGAGCAUGCGCCCGAGGAAUUCCACGUCCAGAGCCAGACCCAGAUUGCCUACGAGCAGCUGGUGCGCACGUACUGGUGCUGCUUCGCGCAGGACUGCGAGCUGAGUUCCGGCGCGCGCCAGCACUUUGCGCUCUCGUUUCGGCAGAUUUCUGUGCCGCUGCCGAUUGGGGAUUCGGAUUUUAAUUUUGGACGCGCCACGCGACGGCUUACCCCGAGGAAUAUUCAGGGUGUUGGUGGUGGUGGUGGUGUUGAGGGGCUGAGGCUGGGGAUUGAGCAUGGGCUGACGAUUGUUACGCGGGGCUUUGAUAUCUUUGUGAGGAUUCUGCGCUUUGCGAAUGAGAGUCGGCGGGACCGUGAUCGGGCGAGGGGCGCGCCGUCCUCGUCGUUUGCUUGGAUGGCGCUGAAGGAGGAGCUGGAUGAGUGGAGGGCGCUGCAGGAUGUUAUUGUGCGGUAUCCCGAGACGAGUGCGCAUGCCCAUGUUGCGCUGGGAUAUGGGGAGUUGUUUGCCUAUAUUAAUCUGGUCUAUUUCAUGAGUAUCCUCUUCCUCUAUCGCGAUCGGUUUCUUGCGAGCCCGAAAGCCCACGACAGCGAGAACGAUGCAGACGAGACUAUCGAUCGGCUGUUUUCUACCGCGCAGAAUAUCGGUGCUAUUCUGUCUUCGCUGGAGAGCUGUGCAACGCCUGUAAUCACCCCGUAUGCCGGAUUCAGCGUGUUUGUUGCGGCUCAUAUAAACAUGUACGGAACGGUGUCUCCCAUGCGCUAUCCUGGCGGUUUGGAACGCGCAGAGCAAGAAAAGAAGUCGAACCUCGAAUACCUUGAACGAUUGUGCGGGUUCUGGGAUGUAGGGACUAGCUGGUGGCAAACCCUGCAAGAAGCGAAUCGGUUCUAUGAGAGCGCACGCUCUCAACAAGGCCUGGGCCAAGACCACCUUACCCUAGCAGGGACAUUCGACGAGUACGGCGACAUUCGCAUUUCUCGGCCCGAUCCAACUGCAUCGCAGGGCCGGACGACGCCUGUCCAGAAUACGGAUAGGCGGGCUUCGAUCUCGAUGGACGACCAUACGGGCUACGAUCUGGAAGCGGAAAUGAUGCAGUGGCCAUUCCUGGAUGAGACCUGGUCUGUUGGGUUUGCUACGGGGUUUGAGACUACGUGGCCGGGUUUGGGAUGA